AUGGCCAACAAAUCCCCAUACCAGACAACUUUUGAACCAGAGCGAACUAUUCAACCAAUAUAUACCGGUGGCAGUGUCGCUCUCGAUAAUAGCGGUCGCAUACUUGCGACGACCUUAGGAGAGGAUGCGUUACUUACGGAUUUGAAUACGGGAAGGCAGCUUGCCAGAAUUGAGGGGGAUGGAGAACUUAUAUCGACUCUAACAUUAACCCCAUCCGCCUCCCACCUCAUCAUAUGCUCAAGAUCCCUUUCAAUGCGAAUAUAUGCGCUAAGUGCGUCGCCGAAUGCCAAUCUCGAUCUCAGCUACACUCUUCUACGAACCCUGAAACCUCAUACAACGCCCGUGGUGGUUCUCGCUGUGGAUCAGACCAGUACAUUACUUGCGACAGGUGGAGCAGAUGGUGUAGUGAAAGUUUGGGAUAUAUCUGGUGGUUAUGUUACGCAUACAUUCCGAGGUCCAAAUAUCCUGGUAUCUGCUCUACACUUCUUUGAAUUGGUGGCGAACAACCGGGACGAAGAAUCUGAAAUAUCAUCUCGAAAUCGCAAAAAGGAUCGUCGGAAGAGUCAAGGCGAGGAGUCGGAAUCACAAAACGAGGCUACGAAAGGCUUUCGUCUGGCGUCAGGAGCGCAGGAUGGGAAAGUCAGAGUAUGGGAUCUGUUCAAAAGCACAUGCGCUUCUGUGUUAGACUCGCAUGUCUCGGAUGUUCGCGCAUUGGACUACUCGCCUGAGGACAACGCUCUUUUAACAGCGAGUAGAGACAAGACGAUAAUGUGGUGGGAUGCAAGGACGUGGAAAGUUCGGAGAGUGGUUCCUGUUCUUGAGGAAGUGGAAGCUGCUGGUUUCGUGGAAUCUGGACGAUUGGUCUACACUGGAGGUAUUAAUGGCAAUAUUCGCAUAUGGCAGUCGGAUAAUGGUCGGGAGGUCACAAAAGCGCAAGGCGCAAAGUCAGAGGCAGAUUCAAUCGUUAGUGGUAUUCAUGUUCCCGGUUUGCCAUUCAUCAUAUCUGUGCAAUCAGAUCAUACGAUGACUGUUCAUUCGACCGAGCCACUACGUGAACUUUCGGCAUCAGAUACAACAUCUCCCUUGAACGAGAUUCGGAAGAUCUCAGGUACCCAUGACGAGAUCAUUGAUCUGGGAUAUCUUUUACCCGAUCGAUCACUUUUAGCGCUGGCUACAAACUCGGAAGAAAUACGAAUUGUAUCAUUAGCACAAUCCGGAGCGACCGACGAUGCGACAUACUUUGGAGCAGAUGUAGCUCAAUUGAAGGGUCAUGAGGAUAUCGUAAUCUGUCUUGACAUCGAUUGGUCUGGGCAUUGGAUUGCUACAGGGGCCAAAGAUAAUACUGCUCGUUUAUGGAGAAUUGAUCCUUCCAAUUCAUCUUUCUCAUGUUUUACCACCUUUACUGGUCAUGCUGAAUCAUUAGGAGCAAUUGGAUUACCACACUCUAUACCCCCAGAAUCCUCUGCUGCAUACAAGUCACCGCUUGAGCAUCCGCCCUCAUUUCUUCUUACCGGGUCGCAAGAUCGUACGAUCAAAAGAUGGGAUAUUUCUUCCAGCGAAAGCGCUCGACGGGCGCCGCGGGCCAUCUACACUCGGAAAGCGCACGACAAGGAUAUCAAUGCAAUUGAUAUUGACCACUCAACUCAACUCUUUGCAUCAGCUUCUCAAGACAAGACCGUCAAGAUCUGGUCAAUCGAGGAAGGAGAGGUACAAGGAGUUCUUCGUGGACAUCGUCGUGGUGUAUGGUCUGUCAAAUUCGCGCCAAAAGGAACACCGAAUAUCGUUGGUGACAGUGGGCCAGCUGCAGGUCGAGGUCUCAUUCUGACGGGUAGCGGAGACAAAACAAUCAAAAUCUGGAGCCUUUCAGAUUACAGCUGUCUCCGCACAUUCGAAGGCCACACACACAGCGUCCUCAAAGUCGCAUGGCUCAAAGUCCCAAACCAAGAAGAGCGCGGUCGAAGACACGUCCACGUCGCAAGCGCAGGAGGUGACGGCCUCGUCAAAAUCUGGGACGCAAACACCGGCGAAGCAGCCGCCACACUGGACAACCACGAAGACCGAGUCUGGGCUCUCACCGUCCACCCAGUCACCAACACAAUCGUCUCAGGCAGCGGCGACUCCACCAUCACAUUCUGGAAAGACACCACCUCGGAAACAGCCGCCGCCACUACAGCCGCAGCGACCGAAUUCGUCGAACAGGAACAGCAACUCCAGAAUUACAUCCACAACGGCUCAUACCGCUCCGCCAUCACGCUCGCAUUGCAACUCAACCACCCUGCGCGUCUCCUCUCGCUAUUCACCACCGUCACCACGAAAACCCCCGAAGAGGGAUCUCUCUCUGGCUUGAAAGCCGUAGAUGAAGUCCUCUCCUCCCUUUCAGACAGCCAGCUCUUCACGCUGCUCCUGCGUUUGCGGGAUUGGAAUACCAACGCGCGUACCGCGUCCGUGGCGCAGCGGAUUCUGUGGACGGUCGUGAAGAGUUAUCCAGCGUCGCGUCUGUCGAAUCUUAAGGUUCGAGGUGGAAAGGAGAGUUUGAAGGAGGUGCUGGAUGCGUUGAGGGUUUAUACCGAGAGACAUUAUAAGCGCAUGGAGGAGUUGGUGGAUGAGAGUUUUUUGGUGGAGUAUACGUUGAGGGAGAUGGAUGGGUUGGGUUUUGUGGAUGAGCGUUUGGAUGGCGAGCUGGAUGGUAUUAUGGUGUAG